AUGAGUAAAUUUCGGUCCAAACUAAAGCGGAAAAAUGGGUCGCAACGAUGGAAGAAGGGAUCCGCAUCAUCCUCGAACCCAACAGAGAGUAAGCAUCGCGCCAAAGCCAAAAGCCGGUUCUUCCAGUCAAACCUGAGCCUUGCGCCUGCCAGCGAUGAACCAUCCGGUGGGAAAAGUAAACUAACGCUUGAAGCUGUGCUAAAACACGAAGCCAUUCAGUCGUACGGUAGCGGCGGUGCUGGAAAACCCAAAACACCCACAGUGAAUGAAAUCGCGGCUAGCAUGAAAUCGUUCAGCAUGAAAGAAGCGGAAGAUGAAAUGAUGUCCGAUUCCCAACCGGGAACAUUCAAAACCUUCCAAACGUUCGCAUCAAACUGGAGUGCGUGCUCAAAUGUUAGCUUCAAAAAGUUACUGACUAGCUUCCGAGCCGAUUCUCAGCUACAGAAAGACAUGCUGGCUAUAUUGGCAGCACUCACCGAGGUCAUCAAAGAACACGGUGGUUCUGAAAGCAGUUCCGAGUACUUUCUCGCUCUAAUGGAAACGAUUGAAGCGGCCAAGGAGGAUAACGACAUUAAUGCGGCCGUAUCACUGCUGGCAAUGGGCAUCAAGUCCGUGCCAGAGGCCGUGCUACGGCGUAAAUUCUCGGACACAGCGCAAACGUUGCUCGCUCUUCUCGAACGCUACACGGAAUCGGAGAACCAUGCCAUGACGCGUAACUUGAUUGGCUGCAUAUCGGUGUUGCUGCGAGCGCAAGCGUACGACCAGUGGAAAAUGUCCUCGACCGUCAAGUUCUUUGACGUUAUGCUCGCCUUCACCACGCACACCAAACCCAAGCUGCGCAAGGCUGCCCAGCAUGCCGUAGUGGCCGUGAUUCAUGGCAGCUGUUUCAUGCUUCCACCCAAGCAGGAAAAUAAUGAAAAUGACCUAGACGGGAAUGAAGAAUCCAAGAAAUUCACCCCAGUAAAGUUUCAUCCCGCCGGAAGUCGGGUGGCGCAGUUUUGCACGCAGCACUUCAAACCGGAAAACAUUGCAAACAAUCAGACGGUCAUCAUGCAUACGCUCGGGUUGCUGCACAACGCAUUGCCAGGAUUCAACAAGGACGACAUCAAGCUCGUUUCGGAACACCUGCUCUCUAUUAUGACCGCCACGAACGUCCUGAUUCGCACGAACUGUUUCCAAACGUUCCAUUCUCUGUUCUCAUCCAGAACGGAAAAUCUCACGCCCGUGCUGGCGGGAAAACUGUUAUCCGCGCUGUACGAUUAUCGUCCGGAUCGGUCCGAUUCGCGCCAAACCAUCGCCUGGCUGACGGUGCUGAAGGAAGGGCACCUGUUCCUGGCCAAGUACGAUCUCGUUCUCUGCAGCAUUGCUUUGCCGAAGUUUGUGCAAGUUUGCGCCCAAGACUUCUGGUCCUCUGAAAAACUCGACGUGGUGUCGGCAGCUUCCAAUGCGCUCAAGGACAUUCUGUACGAGUGCGUCCAACCGUGCUGCGUCGAUGAGGAUGAAGUAGCGAAACAUCGCGUAGCUCUCGAGAAGGUACUUACCUUCAUCAUCGACGUACUGUGCACAGCUCCCUUUGGGCAUGCGUCCAAGCAAGUGCUAAUUAUCUUGGCCAUAGCAUUCGACAUCACGGGACGGUACUUUGGCGAAACGCUGGCACCUGCUCUAACCACGCUCGGCGCUCGGUACGACCCGCAGUCCUCUAACCGUAUCCAAAUCGAACACGCUGUUCUGCAAGCUGUCGGUUCAAUGGAUACGAAGUUGGUUCUACAGUGUAUUCCACUCGCUGGAAAGGACGGCAAAAUCGACCUCGAUCGAACGUGGAUGCUGCCACUGAUGCGUGAAGGUCUGCAGAACUCCAGCUUUGAGGUGUUCAACAACGUCGUGCUCAAGCUCGCCUACCAGUGUUACAUGUUGUGGCAAAAGUUCAAGGAAACGGACAAUAAGCAACAAGCGCACAUUUUCGAGCUACUGUGCUGUCAGCUUUGGGGCUUAUUUCCCGGCUUUUGCCGAAAGCCGAAGGAUGUGGUUAACUUCCGGUUAAUCGCUAAAACGCUCGGUACCGUGCUGAACGAGAAUGCCGAUCUCCGAGCGCCCAUACUGGAUGGGUUGAAGGAAUUGAUCGCGCAUAUUGAGCAUCCCGCCGACCAAGAGGAGAUUGGAAAGUACGCGAAAAAUUUCCUCCCGCGUCUCUUUAACAUCUACACCACGAAACCGAACGGGAGCUACGAGGGUGAAGUACGCCAGGGAGCGUUUGAAACGAUUCAAGCGUACCUGUCCAUCACGCCGAAACCCGUGCUGGAUGAACUGUUCAAUGUCGCGCUGCAGGAGCUACAAGAGAAGGCCCCCGGUACGUUCAUCUACGACACGCUGUUCGAUAUCGUCGAGCAAUUAGCACUUUACCAGAGCAAGGAGAAACUGAUCGAGAUUUAUCAGAAGUACAUAACGGUGAUACUGAAGCAGGACAAGAAGCAAGAAACGGUCGCAAAAAAGAGCACCAACCUGCGCCGUCAAAUGAAGAAAGCGUUUAAGCUGCUGCAUGAAAUAUUGGCUUCGGAGAACGAGGGUUGCGUCGCGUUCGUCGAGGCCAAACUGGGUAACAUUGAAAAGCUGCUGCUGGGAACGAUGCAUUUGAGCUACGAUGGAAUCCAAGCGCCACGAUUAACCUGUCUCCGGAUGCUGCUGGAAAAGGAAUCCAAUAUUUUGCUGAACGGUAAGCUCGUCACACGCGCUGUUCCAGAAGCUGUAGCAACGUACCAUCUGGAGACGGUAAAGAAGGAAAACAUUGCCGUGGAAUUGCUGGAAAAAAUUGGCGAUCUUUUCGAUAACCAAGAAAAGAUAAACGAUUUAAUAAAUCUUAUUAUCGCUGGCUUUGUGGGCGACAGUCAGCUGAUCACCAACACGAUCUGGGUGUUGCGUGAUGUGUUGGAAAAAUUCACCGGCUCGUUAUCGAUCGAUUCGCUGAAGUUCAUGCUCGAGCAGGUGCUCACGUUCCUCGUCGGCAAAGCACGGCAAGAGGUCAAUGCGGCGCUGCACUUUGUGUAUCAUUACAUCAAGGUGCUGCCGAUACCGCUGGUGACGAACUACCUGUCGCUGAUCGUUAAAGCCCUCUCGAUGAUGGUACCGGACACGAAACGACACUGCCGGCUAGUGUUGGGGUACAUCUGGAAGAAGCUGUGCAAACGGUUCGGUGCAACGGAAGUUAUUCAGCUCGUCCCAGGCAACGAUGAGAAUACGCACAAGCGGCUGAAAAAGAUUCGCAAGGAUAUAGCGCGUGCAAAACGCAACAAGCAGGAACGAGGCGGCAAGGAGGGCGUAGCAGACGAUGAUGACGAAGCGGAGGAACUAGAAUUCGCCAGUCAUUUGCAGAAGAAGAGCCUAACCAUUGAAGAUAUCCUGCAGGAUUCUGAUUCCGAUUCUGGAGUGGAAGAUGAAAAAAGUACUCGCGAAAAGAAGCGAAAGCGUGUGGACACGUUCAUUAAAGAAUCGGAAGAGAACAUUGUGGAUUUGGCCGAUUUAGAUGCGAUUGGAAAGAUCACAACAAAUGAACCGAAGGAAGAAGGUAGCAGCGCUGAUCGUUCAAAUACCGGCAAAGUGGCCAAAAAUACAAAUCGCGGAUUCAAAACAGCGCCCGAUGGGCGGCUUAUCAUCGAAGACAUCGAGGACUACUCGGAUUCGGACGAGGACCCGGAUGAGGCCGUUGGAUACGAGGACAAAACCAAGAAGCGCAUCUACGAUGAGGACGAUAGCGACGACAGCCAGGCGGAACCGGAUUACGCGCCAAAUGCCGACGACGAUGGGCCUACGUCCCGGAAGCGUAAGGCCAUCGAUGCGCUCAGCGCUCGGUCCGGCAUGUCCGGCACAUCCAGCCGGUAUGUGGCCGGUGGUAAGGGUAUCCAUCGUCCUACGGCUGCUUCCGUGAAAUCGGGCUACAGUAGUAAGACGAAUCGAACGGCUAAAUCGGCCAAAUCUACGGGUAGCGAAUACCGAUCGGAGAAAGCAUCGGGAGACAUGCUGAAGAUGGGUAAACACGAACCGUACGCGUACGUUCCGCUUAGCCGCAACUCUCUCAAUCGAAGAAAACGCGCGAAAAACGCCGGACAGUUCAAGAGCAUCGUAAAAGGUGCCCGUAAAGGAGCAGCAGCAGGAUCAAAGAACCGCUUGCUGAAGGCCGGAUCGAAGCGGAAGUGAAUCAAAGCAACGUGUUUUGCAGU